CAGCUAUUUUCAUCAGAUGGUAAUCGCUCGUACAGUAAAUACCAAGUAGAAAGAAAGAUGUGUGUCAUAUUGCGAUGAAGUUGCAUCAAAUUAAAUUUAGACACGAGUACUUUUUUCAAUACUUUGCUACUGUAGCCGGUUCCAUCUCGAUACUAAGCUCUGGAAUCAAUCUUGGAUGGACGUCCCCCUAUCUUCCAGAGCUCUUAUCUGCUAAUUCUUCCAUACCAACUACGAACGAUGAAGGAUCCUGGUGCGCUGUGGCUCCUCUUCUAGGAGCGCCACCUGGUGCCAUUCUGGCAGCGAUUUUAGUAGACAAAAUUGGCCGCAAGAAGACCACGCUCCUAAUGGCCCCUUGGGUGUCUCUUUGCUUCAUCGGAAUAGCGUUUUCCACCACAAUCUGGGAAAUAACUGGAUUGCGUUUUCUGAUUGGUUCAGUGGAAGGCGCGUUGUAUACAGUGCUGCCCAUGUACAUCGGUGAAAUUUCCGAUCCGAAAAUUCGCGACUUUUUAACGUCCACUAUCGCUAUAGCUGCCAUCACCGGAACUCUAUUCAUCAACGUUAUAGGAUCUUUUUUGGAUAUAUUUAUGUCCAGUUUGAUAUGCUGUCUGAUACCACUAAUUCAUAUGAUGGCCUUUGCUUUGGUACCAGAAUCUCCUUAUUACUAUAUCAAGAAAGGCAACUUUGAAGCUGCUAAACAGAGCUUGCAAGUACUUCGCGGAAAAAGAGAUGUGGAAGAAGAAGUGGAUUCCAUAGUUAAGGCAGUGGUUCGACAGGAAAGAACCAGCAAUCAAGCGGGGGUUUUGGAUUUGUUUACAGUAGCCAGCAAUCGAAGGGCUUGCUUAAUAUUUGUUAUUGUCUGCAUGACGAACAAGUUCAGUGGCAAGAAUCCUUGCAUGUUUUACACGGAAAUGAUUUUCAAAGAGGCUGGAAGCUCAAUUGACGCAACCACGUCUGUUAUCGUCUACUGCGGCAUGGAGCUGAUAGCUGUAGUUCUUACAACUUUGCUCGUCAUUAAACGAUUCGGCAAACGAAUGCUGCUGAUUACUUCAUCUGCUGGAUGUUCGGUUGCUGUUCUCGCAUUGUCGCUAUUUUUCUUUUUCAAAGAUUUCGGCUUUGACAUCCAUUACGUAUUUUGGCUACCCAUAACAGCCCUAGUUUCUUACAAUAUCAUGUUCAGCAUAGGACUGUCUUUCGGUAUGGUUACGAUUCUGAGCGAAUUAUUCCCCACUAGUGUAAAAGCCAAAGCCUUAUGUAUUGCUGAUACAUUUUCCGUUCUUAUGGGCGCAUUGGUGUCGAAGAUUUUCCAAAUAUCCGUUGAUCAAGCUGGGUCAAUGGCAUAUCCGUUCCUUUUUUUCUCUAUGUGCAGUUUAGCCGGAUGUCUCCUGAUUGUACGAUGGAUGCCCGAAACCAAAGGAAAAACCUUGGAGGAAAUCCAGUAUGUGUUAAUUGGCCAGGAGUCUGGUGUCGAGCUCAGUGUCAGGAGAGUGCAGUUUCUGAAUAAUUCUUUUAUGUAAGCUCAAUUAGUUGGGGACAAAAUAAUUUUUUUACCGUUUCCGACCUGCAGGAGAUAUUACGUGAGAUAAUCAUCUUCCACCAGUGAAUUAUUUUGCAAGACUUCUUUCAGCCUGCAAAGAGUGUGCGUUUCCCGGAAUACUAUGAUGCCAUUCUAAAUCUAGUUCAAAUUCCUAUGAACACUAAAUCAUAAUCUCUCGAUGUACCGUUAGGCCGCUAAAGAACCACUCGUUUACACGAACGACUGUCUUUAGAGAAGCGAAACACGAAAUAUGAAUUAAAUUGGCUUUGUUUUUAUCUAUGAUUUAUAUAAAUAACAUGGCAUUUUUAUUAAUAAUUAGAUUACUUGGC